AAAAAAUAAAUGGGAAUACUUAAUGGAAACGUGCCUUUAAAUAAUUUACGUUUUAAAGAUGAUAAUUUACCCACUGAUACAUCUAUCGAACAAAAAAGAACAGAAGAUUCAGUGUUAGAAAAGUUUGUUCCUUAUGCACCUAAUAAUAUACGCAAAUUACCUCUAGAAAGUAUCGAACUAGAUCGUAAAAAACAUAUUGCAUUUUUAAAAAGAGGAUUAGCUGGGCUUGGAAGAUGGGGAGCUGCUUUAGAUGCAAGUAAACCUUGGGUGGCUUAUUGGAUAUUACAUUCUUUAGAAUUAUUAGAAUACGAAUUAGAUGUAUCUAUUAUCUCAAGAACAAUCGAAACCUGUAAAAGUUGGCAAUUACCUACAGGUGGUUUUGGAGGAGGAGGGGAUCAGUUAGCUCAUCUUGCUACAACAUAUGCAGCUAUUAAUUCAUUGGCUAUUAUUGGUACGAAAGAAGCAUAUGAAGUGAUUAACAGAGAAACGUUAUAUCGAUUUUUGAUGAGUAUGAAACAGCCUGAUGGGUCGUUUACGAUGCAUAAAGGAGGAGAGAUAGAUAUUCGAGGAUCUUAUUGUGCUCUUUCAGUUGCUUUAUUAACAAAUUUAUUAACACCAGAAUUAACAGAAAAUUGUAUUGAAUUUAUUCGAAAAUCACAAACCUAUGAAGGAGGUAUUGGACCUUAUCCAGGAAAAGAAGCUCAUAAUGGAUAUACAUUCUGUGGUUUAGCUGCGAUGGAAAUACUAGAAGGCAUGAGUGAAUUAAGAUUAGAUAGUUUAACGUAUUGGUGUUCAAGUCGACAAAUGAGCUUAGAAGGUGGAUUUCAAGGAAGAACAAAUAAGUUAGUUGAUGGAUGUUACUCAUUCUGGGGCGCAGGUGAUUUUCCUAUUAUUCGUGCUGAACAAAGUCGACAAACAUUAAAUAACACAUAUGAUUAUUUAUUUGACAGAGAAGCUUUACAAGAAUAUAUACUACUUUGUUGUCAAUCUGAAUUAGGAGGUCUUAUUGAUAAGCCUGGUAAAAGUCCUGAUUUCUAUCAUACUUGUUAUUGUCUUUCUGGUCUUUCUAUUGCUCAACAUUCUAUUCGCUAUCAUCCUGUACUUGAUGUGACUAAAGGCUUACGUUCACUUUUAUGGACCUAUGAAAAUGAAUUCGUCAUCGUAGGUCAUAUUGAUAAUUUAUUGGCUCCAACCCAUCCUGUACAUAAUAUUACUUUACGUUCAGUUAGAAAUAUGAUUCAGUAUUUUUAUAAGGAAGAAUUAAAAGACAUUGAGCAUCUUUUACCUAAAGAUGACGAUCCUGAUAUAGAAUAAAAUUUAAAUCCCCGUAUUUUUUUUUUU